GGAAGAAUGUCAAACUCUACUUGGAGCACAUACAAAAAAGUUAGUUGUCUUCAUUUUUGUAGCCGAAUGGUGCCCCCAUUCCCUAGAACUCAAAGGGCAUCUGGAUUCACUUGCCAAAGAAGAUCACCACGUUGUUCUUGUCCUCAUUGACGUUGAUGAUGCCCCAGAUCUGAUACCGUUCUACAGUCUCUAUGCUGUUCCUUCUUUCUACUUCUUCAAGAAUAAUGAGGAAAUCGGAACACAGAUUGGAGGCGACUAUGCCAAGUUGCGCACCUGCAUUCGUAAAUUUAAACGUGUGAAGGAAACCGAAUAG